GUACGGCGUUUGGUAUUCAAAAAGGAAUAAAGGAUGCUUCAAUAUAACGCAAUCGAGUCGUCGUCUUGAAAGAAGUGAGAAAACCGACGACGGCGACGGAGUUUAGAGGAGAUGGUCGGAGUAUUAUCGAACAAGAUCAGCAAGGAGGAUCUGAAACCUGGUGAUCAUAUAUACUCGUGGAGACACGGUUAUGUCUAUACUCAUCACGGUCCGAUCUACACUCUCUUAUCUUCUAUUUUAUUCUCUCCAAUGUUAUGCAAGUAUCUUCAAAUUCUACAGUUGCAUUCUUGUCUGAUUCAUAUACUUAGAAUGCCAAAUUUUGGAAUUCAUCCUCAACCAGGUAUUUACAUUGGAGAAGGUGAGGUGAUUCACUUCACCAAGGGGGGGUCUGACACAGGAGGAAGCCUGCUGGAUAGUAUAACUGCGAGUUCAUGCCCUGCUAUCAAUUGCUUGGACCCUUGCCCGCGUUGUGGUGACCAAUCAAAGAUGGAGGGUGUGAUACGUUCCUGUAUCGAUUGUUUCCUUUCGGGGGAUGAACUUUACCUGUUUCAAUAUUCAGUCUCAUACUUAUUCUUUCUUGGGAAAGUUCGCGGAGGUACUUGCACUCUAGCAGCUUCUGAUCCAGCAGAGGAUGUCCUUCACAGAGCAAAAAUGUUGCUGGAGAAUGGUUUUGGUGAAUACCAUCUGUCUAAGAACAACUGUGAAGAUUUUGCUAUAUACUGCAAGACCAGUUUGAUUGUGUUGAGUAGAUUUUCGGUUUGUCGAGGUGGGCAGGCAUCUUCCAUUUUGGCUGCUGCAAAUGCUGUUGUCUCUUCACCACUCCGGUUCUUGACCAGGACUACUACUUUUGUGACCAUGGGUUUAACAGGUACUGUGGUUGUUGGCUGUGGUGUGUAUUGCGUUGGCCGAGUUGUUUCUGAUAUUGGAGUCCGUCGUGAUGCGUCUAAGAUUCCGGUUGAGGUACUCAUCUCGGCCCAUCAGCCGAAAACUUAAUCAGAAACUUGAAGGAUUCAAAUUGGAAAAGGUAACAGAACUAUUGAUUUGGAAUGACAAGUCCUUUUUAAGUUGCUUAUAUGCUUAUUUUGUUUGUGUCUGUCCUUUUACAUUGGAAUUGAACACAAAUAUUAGUAUUUCUUUGGACUUCCAGGUUAUGUAAUUUGAUGUGGAGUUGUUUGAUAAGAUCUU